GGUACACUUUCCACUUCCGGGAGUUUUCACAACGCGAUGCAAUGGCUCCUCACUGCUGUGUUCCCCAAUGCACUUCAUCACACAGGAAGAAAUCGAACAGAGGACAAACUUUUCACCGUUUCGCCAAUGAUCUGGGACUACGUCGAGAAUGGAUUAUUAAAAUCAAAAGAGAUCCUGGCCGUCAUUUUAAGAUAAACACAUACACAAAAGUGUGCUCGGAGCAUUUCCUCCCAGACUGCCUGGUAAAAACCAAGACAGGGAUCACCAAGCUGAAACAGGGAGCUGUGCCGACUGUGUUUGCAUGGAGUUCUUUCAGACCAGAGAGGAGGAGUGUUGUUAGAACUGCAAGCAAGGUUUCCACGGAUCAUGGUGAGUGUGUUGAGUGAAGAGACGCCCCCUCAGCACCCAGACCACGAAUAUGCUGCAUUGCCUCCCUCCCUUCAAGAUCAACUUGAGGAAGCCCGAAAGACCAUCGCUGAUCAAGAAACUUUAAUUGCAGAGCUUCAACAACUGUUUGGGGUUUCAAAUUUUCAAAGUGAUGAUAAACAGAUCUCAUUCUAUACAGGGUUCCCGGAUUAUGCUACAUUUAAAGCUGUGUUUAUGGCCCUGCAACCUACUGCAGAAAAUAUGGUGGGAUGGAGUCAGGCUCAGCGAUUCAAACAUACCAGUGGGGAGGUAAUUCGUCAAGGCUUUAGUGCCUCUAAAUUGUCCACUAUGGACCAGUUUUUUCUUUUCCUUUGUAGGUUGAGGCAGGGAUUUCCUGAGCAGGACCUUGCAACCCGAUUCCGUAUAUCGCAGUCAACAGUAAGCAGGAUCUGUGUGACCUGGGUCAACUUUCUGUAUUUUAUGUUGGGAUCACUUCAAAUGUGGCCUUCAAGGAAAACUGUGGAUGAACUUAUGCCAGCUUGUUUUAAAUGCACAUUCCCGGCUACUAGAGUUAUAUUGGAUUGCACAGAAAUUCAUGUACAGAAACCUAGCUCCAAGGUCCUUAACACAGCAAUUUACUCGCACUACAAAUCUAACACCACAUUUAAAGGCCUAAUAGGCAUUGCCCCCUCAGGUGAAGUGGCUUUUGUCAGUGACUUGUAUACAGGUUCAAUAUCUGACAAAGAAAUUACCAAAAAAUCAGGUAUCCUUUCUUUGCUUGAAGAAGGAGAUAUGGUAAUGGCCGAUAAAGGCUUUCUCAUCAAGGACCUUCUCUCUGAAAGACAGGUGUCCCUUGUAAUCCCUCCUUUUUUAGGCCCAAGUGGACACUUCACUGCAGAGGAAGUUCGAAAGACUCAAGCGAUAGCAAGACUGCGAAUUCAUGUAGAACGUGCUAUUAGGCGGAUUAAAGAGUACCAUAUUUUUGAUAAAGUCUUACCCAUGACACUGGUAAAUAAUAAUAAUAAUUCAUUAUAUUUAUAUAGCGCUUUUCAAUGACCCAAAGACGCUUACAGAAGGGGGGGACCUAACUCACCACCACCACCAGUGUGUAGCACCCACUUGGGUGAUGCACGGCAGCCAAUCUGCGCCAGAACGCUCACCACACACCAGCUUGAGGUGGAGAGUGAGGGAAUUGAUGAAUCAGCCAAUUGGAAUUGAUGAUGGUGAUGAUGGAAUUGAUGAUGGUGGGCUCCGUUAACCAACUGUGGGCUGUCUGUGCCCUUUUAACAAAUUUCCAAGGUCCUCUUUUAAAAUUGUUAUGUAAAUCUCUACAACUGUAAUCUUAAUAUCCACAAAUGUAUUCAAACCUUGAUUAGAAAGUGUUCGUCUUUAUGAAUCUGUAUAAAACAUUACCCAUGAUUAUUGUUCUUUACGAAUCUGUACAAAACCUUAGGCAUCAUUAUUGUUCUUCUUUACGAAUUCAUUCAAAUCCUUGACCAUCAUUAUUGUUCAUCUUUAAGAAUCUGUUCAAAACCUUAGCCAUCAUUGUUCUUUAUGAAUAUAUUCAAAUCCUUAACCAUCAUUAUUGUUCAUCUUUAUGAAUCUAUACAAAUCCUAACCAUCAUUAUUGUUCAUCUUUAUGAAUCUAUACAAAUCCUUAACCAUCAUUAUUGUUCAUCAUUAUGAAUCCUUAACCAUCAUUAUUGUUCAUCUUUAUGAAUCAAUACAAUGUGAACUUGUAUUGUUACCAGAGCACCUUAUCAUGGUCAAUGUAUCACAGGAUCCCUGUCAGACUUUGUAAUCAUUUCACAUGCUCUUUACUUUUAUAUACCUGUGAGUUGUUUUUUUACGUGUAUGUAUAAGCUACUGGAUGUCCAUCUAAAGAAUAAAGUACAAUUGUAUUACACAUG